AUGUCGCCUCCUCCUCCCGACAUACCUCUCCCCCAUCAGCUCGCCUUGAACGAAAACCAAGAUGGUCCAAGCUCAUCCCCUUUCUUCUCGGAGCCCAAGCGAUUUCUUCCCAGUAAAGGACAAGUAAUCAGAGUAUUGACGUUAACUCAAAAUACCUCGGCAAUGGUAUUUAGUAUAUUCCUUGUACCUCAUCUGGCGAGUCCGGUCGUAGCUUCAGUCAUGGGUAUAGAAGGAGCAGAUAAGACUAUGAUGAUAUCCCGAGAUUUGUAUCUCCCACUCGAACCAUACCUAAUUUAUUUUCCCCUAACUCUCCACAUCCUCUCUUCAACGCUCAGAAGACUGCUCAUCAUCGUCCCCUCAUCACCUGCUUCCAAAUCGAGUUGGUCGAUGAAAUCAACCAAAUCUCGCUUACCUCGUCAACUGCAUCAAAUCGUUGGAUACCCACUCACCAUCCUUCUCAUCGCUCAUAUACUCUCCCAUCGAUUGAUACCUUCUAGAUCGGAAUCACCGAUAUCCGAACUUAGUCCUUCCGAAUUGGGUUACGAGUACGUAGGGUAUAAUUUGCAGAACGUUCUAGGAUGGACGAGUUAUCUGGGGCUGGUAGGGUUGGGUGUGUAUCAUGGUGUAGUGGGAGCCUGGAAGAUCUCAAGUUGGUUUGGAGGAUCUAGGAAGAGGAAGAUAAUGAAGGAAGAAUCGACUGAUAAGAAUAAGAUAACAGGUAAAGAGAAGAAUGAGAUUAAUGGAGAUGAAACGAUCAUCAUUGUGAAACAUCCAUCGGAUUCAUCCAAACCAUCAUCGAAAUCGAGUAGAUCGCAGAUAAAUGGGUUAAGAGCAUUAGCUGUUGCUUUGGUUGGUGCGAUCACGAUUGGAUUAUAUAGGAUAAAGAGAGAUGUGGACGUAUCUGGAGUUAGUCAGAUCAUGAAGAUCAGGUAUGACGCGAUUCAUAGCAGUGUACCAUGGGCUGGGAUAUGGCGAUAG